AUGGAAGAUAACGGCACCUACCGCUGCGAGAUAAAUCUUCCCAAUGAUCGCUCCGGGACCCGCCAGGCAAAAAUGGAUCUCCUAGUGUUAGUGCUCCCAUCAAAACCGGAUUGUGCCAUUGUUGGUACUGCAGAGAUUGGGCAGGCCAUCCAACUGACCUGUGCUUCCAAAGAGGGGUCUCCUGUACCCCAGUAUACCUGGCAGAUCUUCUCCCCACAGAACACCCUGCGAACCUUGCCAGCAACUGCAACCAUAGAAGGAGGUGUUUUGUCCCUUAAGAACAUAUCUACGGAGACCUCCGGAUUCUUUAUUUGCACAUCCACCAAUAAAAUUGGACAGGAUUCCUGCAACAUGACACUAUCAGUAAUGCAACCGUCUAUGAACAUCGCCCUCUAUGCUGGUGUGAUUGGAGGAAGCCUGGCUGGGAUCAUAGUCAUCGGUAUCAUCGCUUACUGCUGUUGCUGCCGUGAUAGAGAAGAGAAGGAAGAUUAUGAGAUGGCGUAA